AGAAGCUGGUGUCUACAUUGAAACAUUUGGUGACUGCCUCAAAGGCACAGUCUACUCUGUUGUGGCUGAUAACCUUGCUGCCCAUGGGCUAGCUGGUUUCAGUGAGUGUUUCAGGUCUACAUAUUUCUGCAGGUUUUGUCUUGCCACCCAGACAGAAUUGCAAAUGUCAGAUGCAGUCUCUGGUAGUUUUGAGAUGAGAACCAAAGAUCUGCAUGAUAACCAUGUUCAAGAAAUACAGAACAAUGACAAUGGAGACAGUUGCGGUGUAAAACGCAGUUGUGUUCUCUCUGACCAUCUCUCUUAUUUCCAUCCUGUCACUGGAUUUCCACCUGACAUCCUACAUGACCUGUUUGAGGGUGUGGUUCCUGUGGAGUUGGCACAUUGUUUGAAAGGUUUGAUCACAAAAAAAUACUUCACUUUGGAAGAGUUGAAUAGGGCAAUACUGUCCUUUCCCUUCCAACAUUCUGACAAGGUUGACCGCCCUCACCCGAUUCCUCAAAAUUUUGCUAAGAGAGGAACAGUUGGGGGGAAUGGGCAUGAGAAUCACACUCUGAUUCGAUUGCUUCCUAUUCUCAUUGGCUCCAGAGUCCCAGAAGGGGACAAAUUCUGGGAAGUGCUAAUGGACUUAAAAGAUAUUGUUGAGCUUGCUAUGUCUCAUAAUUUCAGUGAUGAUACUAUUCAGUACUUGGCGUGUAAGAUUUCAGAUCACAGGCAGCUGCUUCAGGAAGUCCUUCCUAGCUUACGAUUACGCCCAAAGCAUCAUUACAUAGAGCAUUAUCCUCAUCUCAUUAAGUGCUUUGGUCCUCUGGUGCAUCUCUGGACAAUGAGAUUUGAGGGGAAGCACAAAGUUUUCAAGAAAGUUAUUCAUGACACUCAUAACUACAAAAAUGUGUUGAAAACUUUGGCAGAGAGACACCAAAACAUGAUGGCAUUCUAUUUGGCAUCUCCAAGGUUUUUCAAGCCACAAGUACAAACUUCAAAAGUGGAGUCUAUCUAUGUUGAGUCACUGCCUACUGAUACACAUGCAUUAAUAUCGAGCAUCACAGACAGCAGCAGUGUAUACGGCACAAAACAGGUAACCAUUGAAGGCACAACUUUUGUGGCGAGCAUGUUUGUUUGCACUGGGACACAUGCCGCAUUGCCUGAGUUUAAAGAGAUCAGAAACAUAUUACUAAUCAGAAAUAACAUCUUCUUUCUUCUGAAAGACUAUGAGACCUGGUAUAUUGAACAUUUACGGUCCUAUGAGCUAACAGAUCAUAAAAGCAUGGAGGGCCAUACAGUGAAAUCUGUGUGUCAGCUAACUGAUCAAAUGCCACAGGUUGCCUACAAAGUUUCAGGCAAGCUUAUUCUGACAACUAAACAUUUCAUUCCAGUGUCUGAGUAAAGGAGCAGCACAACGGCAAGCAGCCUUCCUCAGCCAUUUUUCCGGUCUUCCUAAUACAGCGUAAAUGGAUCCGAAUGCUGUCCUAAAACUAAGGGUCAUCCUAGAUGAUAUCAACGCUGAAAGGCUUAUUUUGCCCUCUCGUCCUGAGACUGUAAAUGCCCUC